AUGGCAGCUCACGGCGACUCGCUGCGAGAUCGCCAAAUUGCCUCGCUUAAGAAAAUAUUAAAUCUCAACGAAACCGUCGAGACCAGUGACAAAGACGAAGCCCAAGCCCACGCACUACUGGCACCGGUUGCCCCAAUCUUGGAUGCUGACGGGAAUCCUAUCUGGAAAGUGCUGGUGUUCGACGACUUUGGCCGCGAUGUUGUUAGCAGUGUUCUUCGAGUCUCCGACUUGAGAUCUAUGGGCGUCACAAUGCACAAGCAUAUUGGAACCACCCGACACCCGAUCCCCGAUGUCCCAGUCAUCUACCUCCUCGAACCAAACGAAAAGAACAUUCAAUCCAUCACCAACGAUUUGGAAAAGGGCCUCUACUCCCCGGCCUACAUCAACUUCCUAUGCUCCUUGCCUCGAGUCCUGCUGGAGGACUUUGCGACACAGACUGCGACAGCCGGGACGUCGGAGCAGAUCGCACAGCUUUACGACCAAUAUCUGAAUUUUGUUGUGACGGAGCCGGAUUUGUUCAGCCUGAAUAUGCAGAGUGAACAUACAUACUGGGCGCUGAAUAGUGCGGCCACCAGCGAUGCCGAGCUUGAACGAGUGAUUGACAGAAUCGUCAACGGUCUUUUCAGUGUUGUUGUCACCAUGGGUGUGAUUCCCAUUAUUCGGUGCCCCAAGGAUGCUGCUGCGGAGAUGGUGGCAGUGCGGCUCGAUCGCAAACUCCGAGACCAUAUUCUAAACUCAAAGGACAAUCUAUUUUCUGGUCCAAAAGGCGGUGCCGGAAGCACGGCUUCCUCUCGCCCAGUGCUCGUUCUGCUUGACCGAAACGUGGAUCUCACAACGAUGCUCUCCCACUCGUGGACAUAUCAGUCCCUUGUGCACGAUGUCCUAAACAUGAAGCUCAACAAAAUCACCGUUGAGAUGCCAGCAGAGGAAAACAACCCUGCCAAGGGAAAGUCAAAGAAGAUCUACGACCUAACCUCCAGCGACUUUUUCUGGACAAAGCAUGCCGGAGCCCCAGUCGUAGAGGCCGCCGACUCAGUAGAUGCUGAGCUGAAUAAGUGGAGGGAAGAGUCUGCUGCUAUGACGAAGAAGGCUGGAGCGUCCCAAUUCGAGGAUCUGCAAAACGAGACCAGCGCGGCCACUCAGCAUUUGAAAGCAGUCAUAGGAGAGCUCCCAGAAAUGCAAGAGCGGAAAGCAACACUCGAUAUGCACAUGAACAUCUUGACGGCAAUCUUCAACGGCAUCAAGAACCGUCAGGUCGACAAUUAUUUCCAAAUAGAAGAGGAGGUAACGAGACAGUCCAAGGAUCAGAUCAUGGACGUUAUCAAGGGUGCGGACAAGGGAAAUGAACCCACAGACAAACUUCGCCUCUUUAUCAUUUGGUUCUUGAGCACGGAGCAGGAGCUUAGCCGAGCCGAAUUCGAAGGAUUUGAAAAGGCUCUGGAGGCAGCAGGUUCCGAUGUGUCGUCGCUUCCUUACAUCAAACAUGUUCGAGCCACGACUAAGAUGACCCAACUCGCUACUGUCAAUAAAAAUUCUGGCCAACAGCAAGGAUCUUCAGAUCUCUUUGGUCGGUUUUCCUCUAUAUCGUCACGCCUAACAGAUCGAUUAAAGGAAUCCGGUGUUCCAACCGGCCUCUCAUCCAACUUUGACUCGCUUAUCAGCGGUGUCAAGACCUUCCUCCCUGUCGACAAGGAUCUCACAGUUACGAAGAUUGUAGAAUCCAUCAUGGACCCCUCCACUGCUUCAUCUUCCGCUAUUGCCAAGACAGAGAACUAUCUCUAUUUCGACCCACGUUCAGCCAACGCCCGUGGGACGAUGCCACCCCCAAGUGCUCUGAGAGCAGGCGGGGGAGGCAAUGCGCCUGGAGGACUGCCUGGUUCGCAAGCGCCCGGUCAAUCAGCCAGCUUUGGUCAGCGGCGGCAGGGCUACAGCGAGGCUAUUGUAUUUACCAUUGGUGGUGGAAGCAUGGAAGAAUAUGGUAAUCUGAAUGACUGGGUCAGCCGAACAGGGGGAGACCGAGCGAAGAAGCGGGUGGUUUAUGGCAGUACUGAAAUUAUCAACGCAGCCGAGUUCAUCAGAGACGAGUUGGAGAGGCUAGGAAAAGAGGUAGCAUCAUCUUGA